GCAAACUCUUCUUCUUCUUCUUGUGACUCUUUACGUUUCCUUCUUCUUCUUCUUCUCUUCCCUAUACACAAUAUAUAACCCUACCAUUUUAUGUAUAGAGACUAAGAUCAUUUCGAGUCUAUCUUCUCUCCAAAACCUAAUAUCGAGAUAUUUAUUCAAUAUAACAUUACCAACAAAAACCUCCUCAAAUGGCGGAGGAGUACGAUGAAUCUGAGGUACUAUUCUCCAAUAAUGGUUUCAGCUCUGUUCACCAACUAGAUGAAAAAAACAAGAAUCUUCUGUUCGGUUCCUAUGGAGAUCAGUGGAACAAGACAAGACGUAUCAAGAAGACGACGGAGGACAAGGCCUUAUCGAGCUCUCUCCCGGUGAAUAUUCCGGAGAACAUGUUUCGUAGGUACGUUGAGAAAGAGGAGGAACAUUUUGACGGUGGAGAAGAGAUAGUGCCGCCGCAUAUUAUGGUCGGACGGAGGAUCCAAGGAGGAGGACAAAUGGCGUUUUCCGUUUGUUCAGGUAGUGGAAGGACUCUUAAGGGAAGAGAUCUGAGACGGGUUCGUAAUUCGGUUCUUAGGUUAACCGGUUUUUUGGAGGCUUGAAUCGUUACCGGUUUGCCAUUUUCUAUCAUAAUUUCUCGUUUUUUUUUUGUUUUUGCAUAUUACGGAAAAUUCCAGUGUUCCCGUGUUGUUUUUAUCUUUAAGUAAAGGUGGGGAAAAUGUGAAACAAAUAUUUAUUUAUCCCCUUCGUUCCUAUUUUUUUCAUAUUCUUUAAAUUUUCCCUAAGUUGUAAUAGGAAACAUAAGAAAAUU